AUGAUUGAGACUUGGUUUGUCGAUCACCGAUGGCAUAAUCCACAUUGUCGAAACAGCAGACAAAAACAGCUCUUUGCAAAUUACUGGCAAUGGGAAGAUGAAUUGCGUAGACUCUGGAUUGACUACGUUGACGCAAGAAGCAGCAUUGACUUCUAUGUGGUGCAUCCCAAGCCCCCACGGGUCGCCAAUGAGGUAGCAGCACACGUGCUUCUUGUGCAACAGGAGCGAGAGGAUUGGGUCACAAGUCUAGUGAAUGUCUAUGAAGCAAGGCCUGAACGCCCGAGCCUGCACUACAACAUCGCGGUCACAACGCAUGAGCACAUCCUUGUUGACAAUAUCCUGCGAGUUGUUGGACAUGAAACGCACUGUCUUGCGCCCAUACCAUCACAUGGAUUUGUUGCAUGGUACCUCCAGCUUCCCCUUCGCAGGGGCCAACCUUUAGCUGGAAGAAGUGGCUAUGGUAUUUCGCUCCAGAUUUGGCAAUUUCGCCUUGCUGAUUAUUUGCCGAAUGCUGCAGCCUCUCCGGUGCCACAACAUGGACCCAUACUGCUUCAAACAAAGAUUCGCAAGAACAAUAUUUGCCUUGAAGAUGCACUGGCUGAAGACAGUGAAGAGAGCCAAAAACUUGAUGAUGUCCCAUCAUAUGCGGUUCGCCUGCGUGCUGGGGACUUCAAGUCUCAGGUACCAGCCAUUGUUGAGAUUUACGGUGAGCCUACUGAAGCCAAGAUUGUCGAAGAGCUCAAGAAUUGGGGUCACGACUGCUUUGCCUUUCAAUUUGCAGGACAUCAUGAGUUUCUCUGCUUGGCUCGAGAUCGUAUCCCUGAUGACAGUCUCCAGCACUACAUAUUCGGGACAAGUGAUGGUACAGAUCCCAACGCGGCAAUUCUGCAUUCCCACAAAGGAGAGGUAUUGCAAGAACUGGACUGCAUGAAGAUUCUUCACAGUUUGGGGUACUUCAAAACCACCAUCCAAGCGAUCCAUCAGUGUUUGCCUGAUGUCUUCAAGGUUAUUUUUGCGCACCAAGUAUCCACACUUGAUCCGGGCAGUUCGAAAGUAAGACGACCAACACCUUGGCCAGAGCGCAUUUCGGCAGACCUGAGACAGCAGCCGAAACCCAGUUUCUGCCAAGCUGAACUUCCUGUCGAAUGUGGACCAUGUAAACUUCGACUUGGUGUCGAUCUGGAUACCAUUGCCACAUUCUUUUCAAAUGAAGAAUUUCCACUCUGCACGACGCUUGAAGGUCUGCAAAUUCCGCCUUCAACGGCGAUGGCGCCAGACUUUGACUGGUCGACAAACUGCAAAGUGCAAGAUGUUGAAAGGAUCGUGAUCUACACUGAUGGAUCGUCGUUGAGCCAUUUACGACAUCAACCACCAGCGCUCACAGAUGAGCAAGGUCUGCCCGACACUUGGGCAUUUGUUGCACUGGGCGAGAACUAUUCAGAAGGUGAAUUGCAAUGUCGCAUUGAUCAUGUUGCCAUACCGCAGUCCUUGCGAUUGGCUUGCGAGUUCUCUAUUGUGGAUGAGAAUUUUGACCUUGGUCUGGCGCACAUCGAUCAUGAGUUGGUAGGUGUUCAACUACAUUGGCAGGGACUUAGUCAACACCGUUGGCAGCCCCGAUCUUCAAAGAAAGGAUUUGAACGAGCGGACCUGCGCCGAUCGAGCUUGCAGGCUGAAAUGAUGCACUAUCAGGUCCCACGAUGGAAUCAAGACAUCGAGCAACAUGUGGACCAUUUCAAUGAGUUUGUCAUCACAGCACUGGACAAGCAACAUCCAAGCCGUGACCAUGGUCCCAAGAAACCAUACAUUGAUGAUGAGAUCUGGGCAUUGCGAGCGUUGAAACUUCGCCAUCGCAAAAACCUUCGUGAAACCCAGCGUAGAAAGAAAGCAGAACUGAUGUUUCAAGCUUGGAGUGCAUGGACACAAAGGAUCGAGAACCAGCAGCAUGUGGACUCUGUUAGAUGCUAUACAGCCACCUUGGCCUGUUGCACUGUGCGAUGCAUGGCGCAACUUCACAGUGUUGCCCAGCAACUGAGAACACGUUUGUGCAAGGCGAAGGCAACUUUGCUUCGCAGCAGACUUGAACAGAUGCCACGAGAUGCUAGCGCUGGACAAAUUCUUCAAGCCAUCCAUAAACUCCAAGGACCUACGAACCCCAAAAAGAUCAAAAAGAAGCCUUUUCCACUGUUGAAGAAGAGUGAUGGCACGCACUGCGAAUCCAGCAGCCAGCGUUGUGACCGAUGGGCAGAAUUCUUUUGCAACAUGGAAGGAGGAAGAAGAAUGACACACCAAGAUCUCCGAGAAGGUUGGAUUGACAACCUGCAGCACUUUCAACAGCAGGAGUUUGACCUGAGUUUAAAGAUGUUCCCUACGCUCUGUGACUUGGAACGUGCAUAUUCUCAUGUCCGCCUUGGCCGCGCUGUAGGAAGUCGACCUGGCGACUGCUUCGCUGACACCAUUUUUGGGUAUCUCUGGGCCCGAGUGUUGCGAUCAUUGGAGCAAAAAUGCAUUGAGUUGGGUCUCUUGGAAGUAUUUCCUGAACAAGAGUUUGCCGAUCCCUUUGCAGUCCAAGGGCACGACGGUCCAGAUGCACCGCAACGGCCGUUUCUCGGCCCAUGUUGGAUGGAUGAUUUAGCCAUACCAAUUGCAGGCAAUUCAGCCGAGGAGGCAGUGCGCAAGGUUGGCCUUCUUGCUGGGCUUUUGCUGGAUCAGUGCGUGAAUUUUGCCAUGUCCCCCAACCUUGCGGCUGGGAAGACUGAGCUUCUUCUCGCCCUUCGUGGUUGCAAAUCCAGACAGUUGCGACAGCAAUUCUAUGGUGCCCAUGGUCGUCGCUUGUUUCCCAUUGUUGGUGAACAUAGUUCUUAUCAAAUCCAAGUUGUGACCCGCUACAAGCAUUUGGGCGGCAUCAUUCAUCAUGGAGGAGAUCAAAGACAAGAGGCUAAGCAACGACUUGCAGUUGCGCACCAGACAUUUACCCAGCAGAGGACGGUCCUCUAUUGCAACCCGACGCUUGCCCAGCAAACCAGAACGCAAAUGUUUGAGUCCAUUGUUUGCAGUGCCCUCACGUAUGGAUCCGAAUCCUGGUGUUUCUGUACGGUUGCGGAUCGCCAUCACAUUCAUGUGGGAAUCAUCAAACUUUGCAAAAGAUUGAUCAAAUGGGUGCCGCAGAAGCACAAUGGCUGGAAUGAUGAUGAGAUCUGUGAUUUCCUGGGGUUGCCUACACCCACCGAACUACUGCGCCGAGCGUGA